GGACUUGGCAAGGGGCUGCACAGCAAAGCUAAGUAGCUGUUUGCUGAACGCGAUGGAACAGUCUGAAAAGGGAGUCAGCACCCUGGAAUAAAGAAGUUAAGGGAUCAGACAGCCUCCUGCUCGAUAAUUGCCCGGGUGGAACAUUUGCAAGUAUUACAUAUGGAAAAUUUCAAACAUUCGGCGGUGCUGAAACGGUCUGGCUGCACCAUGGAUAUUGACACAGCCUGCGGCUUCGGGAGCCUUAAACAGUACAAAUAUUUUAAUGACUCCGUUGCUGAAAAUUACACGAUUCUAAUUGAUCGCUGGUCCGAAAAUGUUACCGACUUCCUCAUGGAAGGGUCAAAUACAUUCAGAAUUACCAUCAUCGUAGUGUAUCUGUUUGUUUGUAUCGUGGGACUGGUGGGCAACUGUCUGGUAAUGUAUGUUAUCGUCAGAUACACAAAGAUGAAGACAGCAACAAACAUCUAUAUUUUCAACCUGGCACUUGCAGAUGCAUUAGAAUUAAUCACUCUACCUUUCCAGGCAACUGACACUCUCCUGGGAUUCUGGCCCUUUGGAAAUAUACUCUGUAAAAUAGCAAUAUCAAUUGAUUAUUACAACAUGUUCACCAGCAUCUUUACCCUGACAAUAAUGAGUGUUGAUCGGUACAUAGCCGUCUGUCACCCUGUUAAAGCAUUAGAUAUAAGAACCCCUUUCAAUGCAAAGGUUGUCAAUGUGUGUAUCUGGGGACUCGCUUCCAUGAUUGGAAUACCAGCAAUGAUCAUGGGAUCAGCUGAAACAGAAAACAAUGAAAUUGAAUGUCUUCUGGUUCAUCCACAACCACACAAUUACUGGAAGCCCACAAUUGAAAUAGCUGUUUUCCUUUUCUCCUUUGUUAUUCCAGUUGCUAUCAUAACAGUUUGUUACACAUUAAUGUUAAGGCGGUUGAGAAGUGUACGCGUUCUUUCUGGAUCAAAAGAGAAGGACAGAAACUUGCGUAGAAUCACAAGAAUGGUCUUAGUGGUUGUUGCAGUCUUCGUCAUCUGUUGGACCCCAAUCCACAUUCUAGUGUUAGUACAAGUUGUCUGUAAUCAUGAAAUCAUGACAAUUAUGCCAAGCUGGUAUUUUUGUGUUGCUCUUGGAUAUGCCAAUAGCAGCCUGAAUCCUGUUCUUUAUGCCUUUCUGGAUGAAAACUUCAAAAGGUGCUUUAAAGAGUUUUGCUUUCCCUCCACUUUUAAAAAAGAACCUAAGGUGUCAAACGGGAUGAGAAGUAUCACAAAAGGUGUUGCUUACUCAUGUAAAAAUACAGAUGGCACAGAAAAUGUUGCAUGACUGGAGAUGAUGACUCGUUCACUUAACUGGCCACAAUGAGAACAAAAUUAACUGAAACAUGGAGCUAGCUCAAAUUAUGCAGAUCUUCAAACGUGCACUUUCUGCUGCAUUUUAACUUGAAUGAGGGAGUCACAUUUUUGGUUUUAAUAAAUCAAGUUUUAAUAUGAUCAAACCCAAUAGGAGGAAUCAUCUGAAACUUAAAAUAAUUCAUAUUAAGAAUUUUUGAACAAACACAUGCAAGUUAAAACAAAAGUUUUUCAAAUAAGAUUAGCUUUCCCCUUGUGAUGAGUUAAGCAACUCUUCAAGUUACAGUAAUGUUUGUCUACAUGAACAGCAGUAUUCAUUUAUGUCAGCUAUAUUAAUGAACAUUGUGAUAAAAGUCUUAUUGCAUGCUAAUGAAAUAGUUAAUUCCUUCAUUAUACAAGUAACUGUGAUAGUUUCAGUACAAAGUUAAUUAUAAUGUCUGCUUUUUGUGACUGAAUGCAAAAA